CUGUACUUUCUAAUUCUUACUCUACCUCCUUGAACGACCUAAAAAUCAAUACUAACAGAGAACCUUACGGUUUCGCGGCAAGAACGGAAGAUACGUGGAGGCAACUCUUCGUAGCUUCUGUCGGCUCUUUUCGAAAGUCGAGAAGUAGUUCAACGAGAAGAAGUUCGAGAAGCUCUCCUGCAUACAUCACAAGAAGUCGUUUCUGUGUGAGUAGAAAAGUUUCUUGAGCUUCUUCUUGUUGAACUACUACCCGCUUCGAGUGCGUUCUCCUGUCGACGAAGCGCCGUGAGCUUCGCGUUUACUUUUGAUCGGCAACGGCAGAAGGUGGUGCGAGGUUUGCAGCGCUUCGUCGACAGGAGAACGCCCUCGAAGCGGGUAGCAGCCGUUAGAUUCCCGUCCUUGCGGACGGCUCUCGUUCUUGCACGGGGGCGGUAGGUAGCGAACUUACCGGUAGCGGAGCGCGAGAUAGUUACUUGCGCACGUAGUUUUGCACUACGGUCUUCAACAUUUUUCGAAGCGACAACUUUUUAACCGCUUCCUUGCACUUUCGGAAAUCCACCGAAUCAUAUGCUUAUAUGCAAUUCAUCGGCUUUAGCGAGCUUCCAAAAAAAAAAAACAAAAAGAUGUAGCAGUUCCGUACCUCUGCACAUAUGAUUUCUAGAAAUGGCGGUUUCUGUUGCGGAUUAAUCCAGUUUUGCAGAAUCGCCGAACCGGUUCGACUAUGAAUUGCAAAUAUGUCUGGGUCUGGAAGAAUACAAACUUGUGAUGCGCAUUUCACAACACAUAAAAAUCUCUCAUGCAUAGGCAGCACAAGCUGCCCACUUUCUGUCACCAAAGUCGGGCAUUUGUGAUGCAGAUUCGGCAUUGCGGAAGCUUCUCGAAACCUGUGAUGCUAGAGCUUCCAUGCCAGACCUUUUGUGUCAUGCAAAAGCAGCAUGACUCUUGCAGACCCAGACAUUUUUGCAUUUGAUAUCGACAGGCGAGUGACACACUCUUCUGACUUCGAACCCGAAUCUGCCGGAGACGACGGUCACUCGUGAGCCGGCUUUUUUCCGUGAAAAAACGCGGGCUUUUACGCAACCACGGGUACUACGCGUAAAGCCGACGCGCGCUUCCUCUCCUCGCACUAGAUCUAGGAUCGACGAGGUCGUGGCAACGAGACAUAUUUAAACGGUAUUUUUUAUAUGAUUAUCGCCUCUUGCACUCUUCUUGUGCAGUUUAUGUUUGUCGUAAGUAAGUGGACCUACAAUAGCGCUUUUUCAUCACUUGAAAUCACUUCAGUUGAUGCGCAGAAGUGUCAUCAAAAAUACCGUGGUUCUAUCAAAAUACUAUAAUAAAACUCAUCAUUUAAAAAUUUUCUUCAACAGAUACACACAUCACAUUUACAUCGCCUUUCAUGGCCGCGCAACAUCCACCCGGGACCUGGGACCCGUCCUGGAACGCCGACCCUGCCUGGCAGCAGGCACAGCAGGUUGCCGCAACCUGGAGCAGCAACCCCAACGCUUACGGCGAUCCGUACGCAGCCGCGUACCACGCGGGCUUCAGCGACCCCUAUGGCGUCAAUGCGUACUACGAUGGGCACGGCUGGGCGGGAGGACCGGGCGGUGGGUCGUAUGGAGGAGCUGUUGUUCAUCCUGGCCAACCCUCUGCGGGCGGCGGAAAG